AUGGAUCCGGUAGAGGUGACAUCGCCUCCUAGUGGCAUUCUCAAGGUGACCCUCAUACAAACCAGAGAUGUGCCCUUUCCUACCGCUUCCUACACGCCACCAGGCAGUGGAGCUCUCCGCGGUCCCCUCCCCUAUGCGAUAGUCGAUUUUGACAAGAGCCAAAUUAUCUCUCAUGCUCGCUACCCGGGCCUCUACGAGCCUCCUGUCUGGGCGGGUGAAGAAGAGAGUUCUGUGCAUGAUAUGCGCAGCUACACAUAUUGCUUCGAUGUCACCCGGCAAGCUGAGCUCCAGAUUUGGCUGUAUCAGCCUGCUGCUCGUGGGGCCGAUGUGAACACCGACGUAUUUCUGGGCAAAGCUGUGUUCCGAGCUUUGCUCACUGAAACUUCAGAAAUCACGCGGGAAUGGCUUAGCCUCCAUAACGGAGUAGGCGCUAUUUCUAUUAUGGCCCAAUUCAUCUCUGCUGAACCGCUCACUUCUAUGGUGUCACUUGAGCCGUUUGAAGUUAGAUCCGUAUCUCGAAAAUCUUUGAGUUCCCUUGCCAAUGCGGUAAUUCUUCGGAAGAAAAAUACGAACCUGGACUACGUAUCUAUUGUUCUUCGCAAAGACAAACACGACAGCAUGGCUCUGAGACCAGCCGCCACUCAGAUAGACAAUCCAUUUGUCGUUCCGCUGAAAUUCAGGAUUGAAGUACCUCCGGGGAAGCAUUAUCUCCUUUGCGCCUUUCUUCAUCGUUACGACCUAUCGGAGUACUUAGAAAGCAUAGAAUGUCUUGAGCUUGCCGAAGCUCGUUUCUAUGCAGCUCAAAUUCUCUGCGCUUUGGAUUGUCUCCACGAUCUCAAAAUUGUAUGCGACAAAUUACAACCUCACAAUAUUUACGUCGACCUCACCGGCUAUCUUGUCCUCGGUGACUUUGAUCUUUACAUCCAGAAUAUAUCUAGCAAUCGUCUUCCUUGGCCGCAGCCUCCAUUCCAUGAUGCUGAAACACAUGCACCUAACGAGAUCGACAAAUCCGACCAGCAAAAUGUGGAUGGUUAUUUAGCGCCAGAGCUACUGGCAACGAAAGGCGACGGUCAUGAUGUUUCUCCAACAGCCGACUGGUGGUCCUUUGGAGUUAUUCUUCACCAGAUGCUCACUGGUUGUCUCCCAUGUAAUGCUGCCAAUGAUGCCGACAUACCUCUCAGUUUCCUGAUCCCUCCUAACGGCAUACCUCUCCCACAAGCCGCCGAGGAUCUUCUAGCAAAGCUCCUCUCCCGGAACCCCCUCCAGCGUCUCGGCGCAAAUGGGUCCGAAGAAAUCAAAUCACAUCCUUUUUUCGACGAGAUUGACUGGCCCAAGCUGCUCAAGACUAUAUUCCUGGAUUUCGACCGCCUCUUGUAG